AGCUGGCAAAUAGCUCUCUGACUCAUUAUCUCCCUCUACACAUCUCUUAUCUCUCUAUCUACCAUGGCUGAGACAUCUCCAUUGCUAGUCGUUGAAGGACCUAAUUAUAAACCCACCAUUAAUACAAAUUACUCCAAGGACUCAAUACCCAUCACCAGCACUUUUCCUACCGAUAAAAUUACAGCUGUUGAUGAUAAAAUCCCUACCGUCGAUUACUUCAUGCUCCUUUCUGACGACCCAGAUGAACGGUCCCUGGCCAUCAAAUCCCUUAGCCGUGCCUGCGAGGAUUAUGGCUUCUUCCAUCUGGUAAAUCAUGGCGUGCCGGAUAGCAUUUUCGAGGGUGUAUUCAAGGGAAUAUCAGAUUUCUUUGAUCCCGAUGAAGUAGAGGAUCGGAAGCAAUAUGAAAAGAAACAUCCAACGGAUAGGAUCAGGUGGGGCCUACGCUCUUAUCCUGGGGAGAACAGAGAAUAUCUCAAGGUGGUCGUACACCCUCAGUUCCACUGCCCUCCUAAACCCGUCGGUUUCAGUGAGGCUAUGGAAGAGUAUUUCAAAAGACUGCGAGAGGUGGUGCAUGGUUUGGCAAAAGCUUUAUCAAAGACUUUGGGAUUGGAAGAAGGGUACAUAGAGAAGGCAUUCAAUCUUGAAUCCGGGUUUGAUGUAUCAGCAAUGAAUCUUUACCCACCCAAUUUCCGAUCCAAAGGCUCUGUGGGCGUACCCGAUCACACCGAUCCUGGAUUAUUUGUGUCUCUUAUUUGUGAUGUUAACAGUGGCCUCCAAAUACUUUCACAUAAAGGAAACUGGAUAAACGCUAAUAUUCCCCGUAAUACUAUUUUUAUGCAAAUUGGGGAUCAUCUUGAGAUUUUGAGCAAUGGAAAAUACAAGAGCCAUGUUCAUCGAGUGGUGUUGGAGAAGAACAAAGUGAAGAGGAUAUCUGUGGCCACACUUCAUGGACCCUCAUUGGAUACAUUUGUGAGCCCGGCGAUAGAAUUUGUGGACAAGUCUCACCGACCAGCGUACCGUGGAAUGACCUACAAGCAGUCCUUGGAAGCCAACGGUGGUGACGAGAUUGAUGUGCAAUCUAACAUCGAACAUCUUCGUCUUGCUUAAUUCAAACAGACCAUAAAUAAAGUACUGCUAUAUUGUACAUGCAUACUCUACUAGCCUAUAGCCCAUCCAAGGCGAUGACCUGACUUUGAGAGAUCGUCAUCGUGGUAUUGGAAUUGAAGGUUUAUAUUCCAAUUGUGUCGUCUAACAAAAUAAAUUAGCUAGCAAGCUAGCUAGUGACUAGGAGUGAGUGCUUUGUUUUAGCAUUAAUUGUGUAUGUUUUGUGUAAUCAGUUUAAAAAAUAAUAA